AUGAUCUGUUUAAAAUCCAACCGUCGUUCUGCUCUUUUCUUUUCCGUUCUGAUUGAUGAGGAUGUCACGACGUUGACGAUGACCGGGAUAUGUUUUUGCGGCGAACGGAAAUUUGCACGAGACAGGACAAACGGUGCGGGAGGCAGGCAGGGAGGAAGGGAAAAAAUAAAAAUCUACCACCAUCGUCAAGACCAAACAAAAAAAAAAAAAAACGCGACUUCAGUAAUUCCUCUUGUUUGUUCAUGUGAUGGAUUUCUGUUCAUACUGCCACAGAGAGAAAUAGCUACAUUUGUCAUGCCGUUGGUUGAUCAUAUCGAACCAGGUCCAGAUACCAUCAGAGUUCUACUAGCAACAGACAAUCAUGUUGGUGUUUAUGAAAACGAUCCAAUUCGUGGAGAUGACGCGUGGAAAACUUUUGAAGAAAUAACCCAACUUGCCAAACAACAAGACGUGGAUAUGAUAAUUCAUGGGGGUGAUUUAUUCCAUAUAAAUAAACCAUCUAAGAAAUCAAUGUAUCAUGUUAUAAAAUCAUUACGUUCAAAUUGUAUGGGAGAUAGACCUUGUGAGUUGGAACUAUUAAGCGAUCCAUCUUAUUUGGCCAAUGGUGUGGAAGAGAUCAACUAUGAGGACCCUAAUUUAAACAUUUCUGUUCCCGUUUUUGCAAUUAGUGGUAAUCAUGACGAUGCUACUGGAGAGGAGUUUAUUCUGGCCAUUGAUUUAUUAGCAGUCACUGGGUUGAUUAAUCAUUUUGGUAAAGUUCGUGACAAUGAUGAGAUUACUGUUUCGCCUGUGUUACUACAAAAGGGGACAACCAAAUUAUCCUUAUACGGGAUGUCAAGUAUCAGAGAUGAAAGAUUGCAUAGGUUAUUUAGAGAUGGGUCAGUCAAAUUUCAACGUCCUUCAUUACAAACCAACGAUUGGUUCAAUUUUUUGGCAUUUCAUCAAAACAGAACAGAGCAUAGUUAUAUUUCCACCAUUCCGGAGAACUUUUUGCCUAAUUUCAUAGACUUUAUUUUAUGGGGUCAUGAACAUGAAUGUAUACCACACCCACAACAUAAUGCAGAAACUAAAUUUGAUGUUCUACAGGGAGGUUCAUCUGUGGCGACUCAAUUAACUGAAGGAGAAAGUGCACCCAAGCACGUAUACGUAAUGAAUAUCAAAGGGAAAAACUAUUCCAUUGAGGCUAUAGAAUUAAAAACAGUUCGUCCAUUUGUCAUAAAAGAUAUUGAGUUGCUGAAGACAGAUCUCAUUCCUGGUGCUGCAUCACGAAGCGAUGUCAUUGCGUAUUUGACUGAAGAAGCCGAGAAGGCGAUUGAAGAAGCUAAUAGGGUAUUUAAAGAAAAGAAUGGACAUUUGUUUACUGGAGAAUCUGAACUGAAGCUCCCAUUGCCAUUAGUUAGACUACGCGUGGAGUAUAGUGGGGGAUUUGAAAUUGAGAAUGUGACAAGAUUUUCCAAUAGGUUUGUCGGUAAAGUAGCCAAUGUCAAUGAUGUGGUUCAGUUUUAUAAGAGAAAAGUACCGCCACGUCAGAAGACUAGCUUAACAAAGAAAACAAAAUUUGAUGCGGAUUUGCUUGAGGAGAAGUUGAGCGAACGUAAGGCGAACGAUUUGAAAUUGAAAGAUAUCGUUAGUGACAUGUUGAAACAAACCCAAUUGACAUUGGUACCAGAAGACGGGAUCAAUGAAGCUGUACAGAAAACCAUUGACAAUGAAGAUAAGAAUGCGUUAAGUCAAUUUGUCACUAGAGAGAUAAAAAGAGAAACUAAGGCAUUGUUGAGUAUUGAUAUUGAUGAGAGUGAAUUCCAUGGUAGUGGUGAGAAGCACGCAAAGUCUUCGUUCAAACAAUUCUUGCUGCAAAUCAAAGAGUUAAGUAAUCCAAUUGACUUAGACUCGAUUAACAGAGACUUGGAAAGUGAACCUUCAAAGCCAAAAUCCAAAAAUACAAGAAAGAAACCAGCGUCAAAAAGUAAAGAGAUGAUACUAAGUUCAGAUGAUUCGGACAUUGAAAUGUUUGUUACAGAAGAUACUCGCCGUGGUAAGAGUAGCCGAAAAGCCAAGUCUUCUAAACCAAGUUAUGCUGAAGACGAUAUCCAAAUACUAAGUGACGAAGAUGAAUAUGUACCGCCAAAGAAAUCGACCGGGCGACGUCGUAGAUAA